AUGUCUUUCCUUGAUAAUUUCGGAGUUUGUUCUUCAGAGAUCGGAGAUUAUAUCGGAACGGAGAGUUGCAUUGAUCUGAUGUCUAGUUUAGAUGAGGUCAAAUCGGCGCCAGGACCAGGAGGACGUGUUCGAUUGACUAGAUCUGAGUCCAAACCCAAAAAGGAAUUUCCGCCGCCGAUUCCGAUGUUGGCGCGGACUGAGAAUCUGUCGCCGCAUAUGCCGUGGACGCUUAAGAGGUAUUAUUCCGGCGAUGGACGGUUGAUUAUUAAGGAAGUUCGUGUUCCUCAUCAUGAUUAUUUCAAAGUUAAUCGCUCUGGAGGUAGGUUAACUCUUGACUUAGUACCCAUGGACGAUGAGUUCUUUCCUCUAGGUCUCGGCAUUGACGAUGAUGAUGAGGUUAACGAUCCGGAUGCGGCCGCGGAGGAGGCGGUGGCGGUGGUGGAAGGGGAGGAUCUGGAGGAGGAGGAUCAUCAGAUAAUUAUGAAUCCGACGGUGGUGGAAGAAGAUCCAAUUCAGAUUCCGAUUCCGAUUCCAUCAGUGGAAGAGGAAUUUGCGAAUUUGCAUGUGGCUGGAGGAGGAUGCUGGAGUUACGGAGGAGGAAAUGAAACGGCGGCGUGUUUGUUGAAGGUGAAUGUUGCUUGA